AUGGUCAAGAUGGGUUUGAAACCUGAACCGGUUCACAGUAACGCCAUGGAGAUUCGUUACAGAGGCGUUAGGAAGCGUCCUUGGGGUCGUUACGCCACUGAGGUCCGAGGUCCGGGCAAGAAAACACGUGUCUGGCUUGGAACCUUCGAUACCACCGAGGCGGCGGCGCGUGCAUAUGAUAAGGCGGCGCGUGAAUUUCGUGGUGCUAAAGCCAAGACUAAUUUUCCUAACUUUAUCGAGCUGAGCGAGAACGUUUCCGUCGGCGGUUUUGAGCGUAGCCCAAGCCAGACCAGCACCCUCUAUUGCGCUUCACCUCCGGCAGCUACACCGGCGACUUCUGAUAUUGUUCUGCCGCAGCUUGAGCUUAGACUUGGCGGAAGAGGAGGCGUGUGUUACCAGAUCCUGAUGGCGCGUCCUGUGUAUUAUUUGGACCUUAUGGGAAUCGGGAACGGCGUUCGUGCUGUUCAGCCUCCGAUGUCGUUGGCGUGUAGGUCGCCGGUGAUGCAUGUUGCGACGAAGGUGGCUUGUGGGGGGGCAGAGCGAUUCUGAUUCGUCUUCGGCCGUAGAGUUUGAUUGGUGGAUAGAGUAAAGGGGAGAAGCAAAAAAGGGAGAUAUAUAAUUAUGGAGCUGAUGGGAGGAGAACAGAUUCAUGUCGUUUGGGUUAUGAUAAACACAUGAAAUUUAUGAAACGGCAAAGGAGAAUCAGAAGUGUUGGAACGGAGGUUUGCUCCGCGAUUUGGAGAAAGACGAAGCGGAGAAUUUCGAGUGAAUGAAAAAUGACGUGGCAAAACAUAAACUUUUGAUUGAUUGAUUUUUUCAGCUGACGUGGAUAGGCUCAAUGGAGCUCAUAUAUCCCUUUUAAUAUAGUAUAGAUAAUCCAGUGUCUUACUUAAAAUUGCAAACGUUUGAAGGUGGAAUCACACAUAAUUACCCGUAGUAGCUUUUCUAUUUUUUAGCUGUAGCAGCUAAUUUGAUAAAGACAACAAUGACAUCUUCAUCAUCAUCAACAACAACAACAUGAUUAAAGACUAUUCAUAUUUUCUUUAUAGACUACCAUCGUCAUAAUUAACACCAUGGGCCCAUGGCCAAGACUUAUCAUCAUUUGUAAGAUUGUAUCACCUUCAAUAUAACCUUUUUGUUGGUAGCUAACCUCUGGUGAUCAUAUGGAAAGAUCAUCGCGGCCAUGUUUUUCAGUUCUUAAUUGUAACCCAUUACCACUUUCAACUUCUUUUUUUUGUGAAUUACCACUUCAGUUUCUCAACAUGAUCAUAUAUAGUUCUAGAAGUAACAUAUAAGAACAUGUAAUUCGUAUUGAAUGUGACAGGUAAGAGUCAACAUAAGUUACCAUAUAUAACGGUGCAGAAACAUUUAUGACUUGUGUAGAGGACCAUAUAUAAGUGUUUGUAAUGUGUGGUCCUCGCGAAAUUUAGUAAUAUAAUUACAACGUUAUGCAUGUGAUUCUGCGUGCAUGGACAGUUGUGCUGCUGUUAAUUCAUACGUACAACAUAAAUAAAUACACAUUCAGUGUACAACAGAAGUAACUAGACUCUUUCUGUUUCUCUCAGUAUACAACAGUAACAAGAAACAACAAUACUACUUCCAGAAAAAAAAAAACUCCCGAACUUGAUUUUAAUCUAGGAAUAUACUAGGGGAUUAAGUUCAAAAAUCUAUAUUCUAGGGCCGGACUAUUAGUUCCGUGUUCAUAUUUCAUAUUUCUAUGUAUUUGUCAAUGUGUGUUCAAUAUAACUUUUGAAAUCUGGUUUAGUGUAAUGUGUGAUGAUGAAUUAAUACUGUAAAUUUUGAUCACCAGAUAUGCUAAUUUCACAUCUUAAUUAUUUAUAUAAAUCUUACACUAGAGCAAAACGGCUUUCUGUCACCUAGACAAUCGAUCUCUU